AUGCCUCCUCUCCCUCUCGACGAGCGCAUCGUGGUGAUCCAGCGGCCCAAGAGCUUGCCCCUGCGCGUGGACGGCCCCCCCCAGACCGCCCCGCAGCAGCCCCAGGACGCCCCCGCCAGGAGCGUACUGCCGCCUCCCCCGCCCCCACCCCAGGCCCGGUCCCGGCCCCACCCCGGCUGCCCCUCCUCAUCCUCCUCGGAGCGGCGGCGCAAGUCCUCCCGGCUGAGGAGAGCCAAGGGCGAGAGAGGAACGGUGGUCAACGGCGAUGGCGACGCCCCCGCUCACAGCCGGCACAGCGACGGGACCGUGACCCUGGGCUCCUCCGGUCACAGGCACACGCACGCGAUAGAUAUUAAGCUCUCCCUCGGGGCGAACGGCGGAGGUCCUGGGGGAACCCUGCCAGGGAAAUCGCCGGGGAGCAGCUUGAGCCACAGCGGGAGCGUCAAGGGAAACAAGGAGAAGAAGGUCUCUCUGCACCUGGGUCUGGGGCAAGGGGGAAGAAAACCCGGGGGCACUUUAGGCAAAGAGGGAGGGGCGGUUCAGCAACUCCAGAAUCAUCCCCAGAACAAGAACAAGACUCAGGCCAGCAGCCACCAUCCACAGAGCCAGCUGUCGGUGUCUCCAGGGGGGGUCUUGGGACUCGUUCCGGCUCAGGGGCAGCAUCCGAAGCUCGGGAAGGAGAGGGACCAGGAUGUGUCUCUGCAGUCCUACGCCCCGGUAGCCAGCCACCCACCCCGAGCUCUCAAAGAGGCGCCCUGCGCGGGCGACAAAGAGAACUCCAAAUCGGGGCCGACGCGGCCCCCUUCCAACCCUCCCUGCCCGCCCCUCCAGCACUGUGUCCCCCACGCGUCGGUCCUGGGCGCCCGCUACCCCGCCCUCUCCCCCCUCUUCCCUCAGCCCCCGCCGCCCUUCCCCCAGCAGCCCAGCCAGACGCGCCCGUCCCGCAGCCGGGAGAGACCGCCCCGGCAUGGCCCGCCCGCCUCCCGCAGCUCCUCCAGAGGAGGGGGCGGCUUCCCCAGCCCGGACCACGCCUGCACCCUCAACCUCGCGCACCCCUGCGGCUGCUGGAGGCUGGUCCGCUGCGGGGGAGGGGGGCGGUCGGCCGGUUGCCGCGGCGGCGGGGGGAUCGGCGGGAUCGGCGGCGGCGGCGGCGGCCGAGGGUCCAACUCCCGGGUCACGGGCCUUAAGAACCUGGCGGGCUGCCUGUCCGCCUCGUCCACCACCAACACCUCCUCCUCCAACAGCACAAUGUCGGACUGUCAGGCGGGGCUGCUGAGGCCGCUGGGCUGCGGGCCCUGCUCCCGGGGAGGAGCGGACUUCCAGAGCCCGGCCGCGCUCCGCAAAAAAUUGGUCGGCGGCUGCCUGCCGUGCGCCCCCCUCUCCUCCUCCGCCCCCCUGCGGGCUCUCCAGAGCUGUGUGGCGGGCUGCAACCCCAAGGCCAGCCACACGGGGAGCUCCACCUGCAGCUACUGCAGCAGCGACCCCAUCGUGAUCGCCUACAACCCCCGGGGCGGCGGGAAGGGGUCCGGGGCGGGCCGGGGGGGCGCGGGGCCGGCGGACAGAGGGGCGCGCUCGGCCGGGGGGCUCUCCGCCGCGGACGACGACGACUACAGCGUGCGCACCAUCUGGCCGGAGGAGCUGGCCCGCAAGAUGACCCGGUCCACGCCCGCGCAGGGCCGCGAGGGCGGCGGUCCGAACGGCACCGGCGCCGUGGUGCUGGACUGCCGCAACCUGCGGGAGUUCACCCAGGCGCAGCUGACGGACCGGGCCGGCCGGCGCCGGCUCCAGCAGGGCAAGACGGCCGUGCUGGACUUCAUCCGCUCGGGCGCGGACCGCGACGCGGGGCGCGAGUCGCUCAAGAGGCUGUGGACCAAGGGCGAGGAGCCCGGGGGCGGGGAGCCGAACGGCGGCGGGACGCUCCUCCCCUCCGCCCCGCCCCGCUCCCCGACUCGCCGCGCCCCGCCUCACUUCCCCCCCCCGCCGUCGGCCCACGCCAGCCUUACUGAGCCCCGGGCCAGGGUGCGGGAGAGCGGGCCCUCGCCCCCCCUUCACCCGCUGCCCUCCGCUCAGUCUCUGCACCUGGUCCUGGACUCCCUCAACCGCGAGCAGAACGGGGAGAGCGGGAAAGCGUACCCCUGCGACCCCCCGUCGUCCCUCCCGCGCCCCCCCUCGCCGUCGGACGAGGGCGCGAUGACCCCGGACGUGGAGAACGCCGCGCUCAGCCCCAUACUGCCCUUCCUGUUCCUGGGGAACGAGCGAGACGCGCGGGACCUGGAGCUGCUGCUGCGCCUCAACGUCGGCUUCGUGGUCAACGUCACCACCCACCUGCCCCUCUACCACCUGACCACCGGCCUGGUGCGCUACAAGAGGCUCCCGGCCACGGACAGCAGCAAGCAGAACCUGAGGCAAUACUUCGAGGAGGUGUUCGAGUUCAUCGAGGAGGCUCACCAGGGCGGGCGAGGCGUGCUGGUCCACUGCCAGGCGGGCGUGUCCCGCUCGGCCACCAUCGUCAUCGCCUACCUGAUGAAGCACACGCUCAUGACCAUGACGGACGCCUACAAGUACGUGAAGAGCCGGCGGCCCGUGGUCUCGCCCAACCUCAACUUCAUGGGCCAGCUGCUGGAGUUCGAGAGGGACCUCAACUCGGGAGUCACGCCCCGCAUCCUCACCCCGAAACUGAGCGGCCUGGAGACGCAGGUCUGAGGAGCGCGGGAGAGCCAGGAGGGACUGAGUGAGGGGCGCAGGAGAACCAGGAGGGACUGAGUGACCUGGAGACGCAGG